AUGCGCCCUGUCGUUCAGCAGUAUCAAGAAGUGUAUGAAAAUGUCUACCAACGAGUUCCGAACAUUUCACUCACCAAAAACGGCUCGCUGUUUGGCGGUGUCAAAAUGCUGGUAGCUCGAGCGAGUUUAGCAGUUGUUGAGCCGUCCGGCAAACUUGAUAAUUGUCUUUUGUCAACAACCGAAGCGAUACCAUCGGGGUCCGUCGGUGACACGGGUUCUGGCUUUCGCUUUGCAUCACUACUAUCUUCCGUUUGUGACAACAAAGGCGAAGAUUCCGAUGGUGAUCUAGCUAGGCGCAGUCUCCGAGCUUCCGUCAACCUUAUGUUCUACUUGAAACAUCAAAACCGAGAGAUUCAGCUGGGUUCCAGGGCAGAUGAUUCUACAAUCAUUGAGACAGAUAUAUUAGGUCGUAGAGAACGCAUCUAUUGCCCACCUGCAUUAGAAGAGUCGGUAUUGGCCAAGCGUGAGGCCGACGAUUAUGUUACUUUCGCCGGUAUCGUUAAUCGAGAAUGUGAGAAAUUCCAAUUGCAAUCGCCCACAGAAGAUCAGUUCAAAUGCCUCAUUUUUGUCGCUGGACUUCAAUCUUCUCAGGAAUCAGAUAUUCGCACGCGAGUGCUAUCCAAACUUGAGCACGAAAAAGACAUUACUGUGAAAGACCUCACCACAGAAUGUCAGCGCUUGCGCAAUCUCAAACAUGAUACCGCAAUGGUACAGCAAAAGUCGCGAUCGCCUAUUUCCAGCAGCGUCAUGACAUUGAAGCGAACCACUGUCACUCCUGGGAAAAAGCCUCCAACAUCAUGUACCAUGGUCGAACCACCACGAGCCCCGGACAAGAAAGAGUAG